AUGACGCUGAAUCUGGAAGAGUUUAUCAACCGGCUUCUAGACUUUGCGACCAAAAAGUCAAUUGAUAUUCGUGGCGAUGAACUGGUGGAACUGAUCGAGAUGGCCAAACCCGUGAUUUGCCGCUACAAGGAGGACGGUGCUCUGGUCAAUGUCUCCAUUCCAGUCAACAUUGUGGGCGACAUUCACGGGCAAUACGACGAUCUUCUCAGAAUCUUUGCAGCCAUCGGGGUUCCUGGUACCGAAAGGUAUCUGUUCUUGGGAGGUAAGCCUUUUUAAAACUUCGUAUUUUGAUCUUAAGGUACUUGUUUUUAAACAAAAACACAGAUCUGUAAAAAUUAAAAUUUCGUAUAAAAUGGCACUGCAGCCUGUAAUGAGGAAAAGCGUUGAUCUUAAGUACUGCGCCCGGGGCACGGUUGUUUUUUUGCGUCCUUUAUUUUGGCCUUUUCCGAAUUUCCGAAAAAUUCGCUGCAGCCUGCGGUGGACGUAUUAUACGAAAAAUUUCUGUAUUGUUUGAAGGUGUGCGCUUAGUACUUAAAAGGGAUUACACUCAUUAAUAGAUCAAAUAAUUAGUAAAAAGCACCAUUUUUAAAUAAUUUUAUUUGCAAUUGGGUUUUUUUUUGCGUUUUUAGCUUCAAAUAAUAAGGUUAAUAUAAUGUUUGACAAAAUAAUUACUACCCUAUAAAUUGAAAGUGUCUUGUCCCAUUGAACUAAAAUUUGGCAUACGGCAUCUAGGUAGACCUAAAUUAAUGGUAUGCUUGUAAUAUGAAAAAAACAUAAGCUUCUGAAAAUUUUUUAGGUUUACCAAAAUAUUUUUGGCGUUCAAAAAGUAGACAAAAUUACUAGGCCACGCAUGCAACUUACAAGAGACUGUAGUUAGAAUCUUGCAACUUUAUAUUAGCGCAUUUAUUACGUUUAGCUAAAAAUAUUUUACUCUAUUAUAGGAUUCUGGAGUUCAACGUCAAAAUAGUCAUGUACAUCAACAUGGGUAUUUUAAACUUGGUAAUCACUUCUACCUGUGAAUCAACUUUGAUAUUUAGCUCAUAGUAAUAGUGUAGAAACUUUUUUUACUGUGUGAUAAUUUACAGUGGCUUCAGAAUCAAGCAUCUAAAUUGUCAUAGGUACCCCACCCCCCCCUCCCCCCUGACUUUUCAACUACCAGUAGCUUCUCAAUUUAGAAAAAAUAACACAACAAGCAAUGUUUAACACCACGACUAGACUAAUAUCAACACAUUAAAUUUAAGUCAGUAUGUGUACCUUCUCUCUCUAGAUGGCAGGUUGAAAAUUGUUUAGCAAACCUACGACCAAGAUAUAAAUCGGCUUUUUCAAAUAAUGUUUUAUACUAUAAAUUAUAUAAUGCUUAAGUUAUUUGCGACCCCUUAAGAAAUUUUACAAUUUGUACUACAUUAAUAAGGAAAAUACACUAUCACACAUGCUGUGUUCUUACUGUAGUACUUGAAGCUGUGUACGAUAGCAGUGCAUUUUGGCAAAAAUCGUCAACACACUUGUAAAGAACAAUAAGACAGGUACUAAUUGUGUUUUAAUAUGUUGAUAUUAGUUUAGUCGUUGUAUUAAACAUUGCUUGUUGUGUUAUUUUUUCUAAAUUGAGAAGCUACUGGUAGUUGAAGUCAGUGGCGGUACCUAUGACAAAUUAGAUGUUUGAUUCUGAAGCCACUGUAAAUUGUCACACAGUAAAAAAUGUUUCUACACUUUUACUAUGAGCUAAAUAUCAAAUUUAAUUCACAGUUAAAAGCGAUUACCAAGAUUAAAAUACCCAUAUUGAACAUGACCAUGUAUAUAACAUGUGUAUCAUAAUAAAGUUUAAAUUCUGUUACUAGAACUAUUUAUUUAGUAGUUGAACUGCUUUUUAUAAUCGUUUUCUACCUUACAGUGAGCUAUAUUUGCGUAUCAUGGUUUUAAAUAUAUCAAAAUUUCCGGGCCAUAACUUUAUAUUACGUACCAUGUGUAAUAUCGGCUCAGACAAGUGCCAUUUAUUUUCAGCAGAUGCUGCUCUUUUUUUCAGAUGUAAGAGCUAAGACCCUUUACAUGUAAACCUCUGAAGCGAUUUUCUUGUUGACUGACUGGAUUUGAGAAAUUACAAUUUAAGUGUCAAAUUACUGUAUAUUUAAGGUUUUAUGAGUAAUAUCUUGGCUGCAAUUGGGCUUAUGGAUAUGUUUUUGGCCUUAAAUUGACUAUGAACAACGCAGCUUAAUAUAUACAUUAAUCCCAUUACAGUGUUUGUAAUAUAAAACUUGAUAUUCAAUAUUGUAGGUUCAAGAUACUUACUACAACAUACAAUUGCUAAAACAAAAAUUUAUAACUAAGUGAGAUUAUUUUCAAAAAGCUCAAAAUCAAAUUGUUAUUUGCCAAAAAGCAAAUCUUAUUAAAAAAUACCCAGUUCGAAGUUACAACUCUUUAAACCAAACUAGGUCUAGACAACAAAAUGAAAAAAUUCCGCAGCCUGCGUCCCGGCCUCAAAAAAAGGACAGAAUUAAGGACGCAUUGCUCUUGCUUCAAAACAACCGUGCGGGGAUAAAUAUUUAGUUCACCGGAGAAAUACUUCACCAAAUAAAUAGUAUACCGGGUAAAACUUUUAGACUACGUCGAUCGCGGCCCAAACCAGACAGAAUGUAUAGCCCUGCUUCUGGCCAUGCGGAUAUUGGCUCCAGAUCGUGUGAUCCUGCUACGUGGAAACCAUGAGUGUGAACUGGUCAACAGAACUUAUGGAUUCUGGGAGGAGCUUCAGCGUCGCUUCACAAUUGGGUUGGCCAUGAAGUUGCACAAAGAAUUCAACGUCAUCUUCAGCCAUCUUCCCUUGGCGGCCUUGAUCAGAAGUCGGAUUCUGUGCAUGCACGGGGGCUUGAGUCCGCGUCUGAGUUCCAUCGACGCCAUCAAGAGAAUCCGGCUUCCGUUCACCGACCCGAUUCCGGACACUUUGGAGCAGGAUCUGCUGUGGUCGGAUCCGUCGACCACCACCAAAGGCUUCGAGUUCAACAAACUGAGGGAUGUGAGUGUGUCGUUCGGACCGGAUGUUGUUAACAAGGCCUGCAAGAAGAUGAACUUGGAUCUGAUUGUAAGAGCACAUCAGGUAAGAGUUUUAUAGAAGAUUAAUGAAUAGGUAAUAAGAAUAAUUUUUUUUUGUAAAUCUAUAUGAUAUUGUAGAUGAUGCCAAACGGCUACGGAUUCUUUGCUAACCGGAAGUUGGUCACCGUUUUCUCGGCUUCUCGUUACGUUCCAGAGUUGGUGAGUGUAAAUAUUGUUUUGCAAUCCCUUUGACUUUAUUUUAUUGUUUAUUUUCUUUUAUUAGGUAACAAGGUGAUUUAGACUUUCUAGGAAGAUUUUUAAAAAAAAUUAUUAUUUACAAUUAAUGUUACUUUUAGAAUAACAAAGGCGCUGUGGUUCGUAUCAACUCGAAGCUGAUGAUUUCUUACAUGGUCAUGAAUCCGUCGACGGGUGGUGCUACUGGUCCAGAAGCGUUUGCCCAAAGUUUCAACCAAGAUGCCACAUUGGGAAACAGUUCGAAAGCUCUUUGA